CACAUACUGUGACGUAGUGCGCAUACCAAGGACGCUACUUCGUGUUGUGGCCUGUGGAUGUAACGCAGGACUUCAAGGUAUCGACGAUAUAUAAGAUACACUGCGAGUGAUUAAAAAGACAUAGAAGACUCAGUUUUUGUCGAAAUGGACACCGAUGGGAAGGCAGACAGUGAUUCUAUGAUGCACCAGGCUCAGCAUAUAUGGUCAAUGCUGGAUGACAUGGCCAACUCCGACCCCAAGGCUUACAAAAACUUCAUAGACAAACAUAUUAAGGAGGGCCAAGAGUUUAUGUCACCGCCCACACCACAUAUGUGUGUUCAGACCAUGAUGCUACCAGAAAGAAAGACCUUCUUCAUCAAUUUUUGUUCCUGGGCAAGGGUACCAGUACCUAAGUCACCAGAGGACGCUGUACCCGUCACUGGUACCGAUAUCACGGAAGGAAGAGAUAAGUACGGAUUUUAUUCAAUGACAUCUUGUGCAUUCAACCCCAAAGUUAUUGAAGAGUAUGGCCAUGACACGAAAUCUUUAGUAGAUCGAGAGACGCUGAUAAAUUUGGCUAUUGAUUUCAUCCAACAUCAACAUAAAGUCGAAAUUUCAAGGAGUUUUACCUUGCUCCCAAAAGACAUUCAACACAAAGGAGAGAUAGACGUUCUCAAUCAAAGUUUUUCGAAAAAAGCACAAAAGAGUGAACAGGAAUUUGAAGAACAAUUAUCAGAAUUAGAAACAAGUUUUGGACCACUGGCAGCCGGUGCCAAAAAUUCCUUAUUAAAUAAAUUAGCAAAUAUAUCAACAGAAGAAAGCAGAAAUUCCAAAAAAUCAAACGGAAAGAGCACGGGGACAACAUACGACUCUCCUACUAUCAAAAUGCCGAAUCAGACCGAGGUGAAGAAAGCCGGGAUCAUUGAGGAGAUUUCCUCUCAAAGUAACACCAGAUUGACUUGUCCUGUAUAUACGAUGGACUCUGUACAGGAUGACGGUGGGAACAUUAAUCGUGUCGUCGUUAAGAUUCAGUUACCAGGAGUAAAGAGUGUGAAUGACUGUCAACUUGAUAUAUCAAAGGAUGACCUUCAGCUGACCGUAGAAAACUGUUACGACCUUCACCUGGUCCUGCCUUGUCAGAUAAUGGAUGAUGAUGCUGUAGCCAAGUUCAGCAAAAAGGCUUCGGUGUUGACAGUAACUUUACCAGCAGUGGGGAAAUUGUGACAGUGAAACCGGAUACCUUGUAUUUCAUAUUUCAUCUCAAAGUAAAACACUCAGGUCAAACCAGACGCUUUGUAAAUUGACAAUGAUAAAUUAUUAUAAAGUAAUUAUCUCCCUUGAAUACAAAGACUGUGAAAACAGAUAAUGUGUAUUACAUUUGUUCUAAACGCUUUCAGAAUCAAUGUGGUAUGUAUUUGUUGAUUUUUCUAUAUACUGCAAACUAGGAGAAAUCAGUUUUACCCAGCCUGUCCAUUUAACCCCUAGCUGACAAUAUAAUUUGCAUGUCAAUCUUUUGUUUUAAAACAACCUGAUCAAAUAUAUAAAACUCAUAUACAAUGUACUUGAUGAAUUAUUGAAAAAUUGAAUACAAUUAUGCAGAAGGCUAAUAAGAAAGCUGAAAUUGAAAAUAUUUUUCAUAUCUGAUAUGUUUUAUUUAUUUUUGUAUGUUUAUAUCAUAUCAUUUGUCACAUCAAUGUAAAUAUAUACAUUUUUAGAUUACUUCAUUAAAUGAAUACCAUACCGUGA